AUGGAUGUGCUGGACGUGUUUUAUGUCGGCGGGUAUGGCGUGGUGAGCCAGUGGGUUGAUGCCGCCGAGUUUUCGGAGGGGGAGCCGGACCCGCUCGCGUUUGAUGCGCCCGAGAUUGUGGUGGGCAUUAAUGAGGGGAAGGAGGAGGACCUGAAGAGGCUGUGCAAGGUGUUCUUGGAGCUGGAGGACGUAACUAGUUGUACGAUGACGUCGCUGGAUAGGCUUGGGUUUGAUUUGAGGGUGAGGGAUAAGGACUCGGUGAUCAGUGAGUAUCGGGUCGCGUUUCGGGAGGUGGUACAGAACCGGUUUGACGUGCAGAGCGCACUAGUCAAGGCAUUCCAGGAGGCGUGGGAGAGGGAGAAUGGUUACGAUGAGACUUGGGUAGGGGAGGAUGCUAGACCAACUGUCCUAUAUUACGCACCGAAGGUGCCUUCUCGCAAGUAGAGGUGGGUGAGGGAGAUGAGCAUGUAAAGGUUAUAUGUAAAUGCGUGUGACAG